CUGUCUGUCAAUAUAAAAUCACUUCCUCCACUUUUCUGUACUCUUUCAUCAGCCGUAUUUCUCUUGAGAGCCUAAGAGAAACCCUAAAAAUGGGUCGAGUUAUCCGUGCACAACGUAAGGGAGCAGGCUCCGUCUUCAAGUCCCACACCCAUCACCGAAAGGGGCCGGCGAGAUUCCGGUCACUCGACUUCGGAGAGCGAAAUGGGUACCUAAAAGGAGUGGUGACCGACAUCAUCCAUGACCCUGGACGUGGUGCACCGCUUGCCAAAGUAACUUUCCGCCACCCUUUUCGCUAUAAGCACCAGAAGGAGCUGUUUGUCGCUGCCGAAGGAAUGUAUACUGGUCAGUUUGUGUACUGUGGAAAGAAGGCAAACUUGAUGGUCGGAAAUGUCUUGCCUUUGAGAUCUAUUCCUGAAGGAGCUGUGGUUUGCAACGUUGAACAUCAUGUUGGUGAUAGAGGUGCCUUUGCUAGAUGUUCUGGUGAUUAUGCUAUUGUUAUUAGUCAUAACCCGGAUAAUGGAACUACCAGAGUUAAGCUUCCUUCCGGAGCCAAGAAGAUUGUGCCAAGCGGGUGCCGGGCUAUGGUUGGUCAAGUUGCAGGUGGAGGUAGGACUGAGAAACCAAUGUUGAAGGCAGGAAAUGCUUAUCACAAAUACAGAGUUAAGAGGAACUGCUGGCCCAAGGUUCGUGGUGUUGCUAUGAAUCCUGUUGAGCAUCCCCAUGGUGGUGGUAACCACCAACACAUUGGGCAUGCCAGUACUGUUCGCCGAGAUGCCCCUCCUGGGCAAAAGGUCGGUCUCAUUGCUGCAAGGAGGACUGGUCGUCUCCGAGGACAGGCUGCCGCUACUGCCGCAAAAGCAGACAAGGGUGCUUAAGGAGCUAUUUAUUUGAUGGUUCGUAUUUGUUACCAUGUUCUUCUGGACAGAUUGUCAUUUACAUUGCAAAAGAGUUGUUUUUCUAGCUACGGCAGUUAUUGGAUAUGUUUAAAAUAUUCUUAUGCCAUAUUUUUGUUAGAAAUUUACUAAUGUUUACUGA